CUCAGUAUGGAUGUACACCGUCAAAUGAACACCAAAACAAUUUCUGAUAAAGAUGUAACUGUAAUCAAAAGUCCGAAUGAAACUGCAAAAAAUGCUUGGCAUGUGGUGCAUUUUGCCAAACCUAAUCAUGAGUCUUGUGGGAUACGAAAUAGCAGAUAAGUGUCCAGUGAUGUGCCAGUGUGACAGCGUUAUUACCAAUUGUAGAGGAAAUGAGCUCAGUAGGUUGCCUCCAGAAAUUAAUCCUGAGGUGGUCAGUCUGGAUCUUUCCUUCAACGAAUUUCAACGCUUUCCCACAGAACUGACGAUGUAUCGUGAACUGAAGUACCUGAAUAUGUCGCACAACAGAAUAUCUACUUUGAGCCACUCCGUAUUUUAUGGAAUGAGCCAACUGGAGCGUUUUGACCUCUCCCACAAUUAUUUUUGUGAUUGGAAAGACCUGCACACGCAAGCCUUUACUCAUUUGACUAGCUUAGGCUACUUGGAUCUUUCUCACAACGCUUUGAGAAGCAUCCCACAGUUUUCAAAGCAUUUCGAAAAUUCAACUUUGGAGAUUCUUAAACUGAACAAUUGUUCUAUGAUUUCGGUGCCAGUGCAGAUUUUUGAUCAUUUGCCUAGACUGAAAGAGCUACAUUUGAAAUCUAACCCAAUAAGAAUUCUAAGUGGCACUCUUUUUGUAUCUGAUUCCAUAAAAUUCAUUGAUUUUAGUGGAUGCUCUUUAGAAUUUUUGCUACCAAAGCUCUUCACUAGGAUAGAUUCUUUAGAAACGUUAGUACUAAGCAACAAUACCUUAUUGAGAAAACUUGAAUGCAACUCAGAUAGCUUAUUGUAUCUUGAUUUGUCUAACUCAAACUUGGAAACCGUACCUACUGGAAGUAUGAGAAAAUUAGCUAUUUUAAACUUGCGAGGUAAUUCUUUGAAAGCCUUGCUGAAUAAUAGUUUUGUAGGUUGUCCAAACUUGGUCAGACUGAAUUUAUCUUUAAACUCAAUAUCUGCUGUGGAAGAGAAUGCAUUCAAGGGUCUGGAUUAUUUAGAAUUUCUUGAUUUGUCUUCAAACAAACUAACAGUACUCAAUGAAAAAGUAUUCCUACCAGUUAUUUCCUUAGUAGACUUGAGCUUGUCGCACAACUAUAUCAAUACUUUGGACACCAUAACAAGCAGUUCGCUGAAGUAUCUAGACGUCAGCUACUGUGAAAUCUACACAGUAUCAAGGUACAGUUUAACGAAUCUUCCAAAGCUUUCUAGAUUGUCAUUAGCUCGGAACUUUAUAUCUUAUCUACCAGAUUCCUGGACAGGAGAUAGAGUAACAGAACUGGAUGUUAGUGGCUGUAGAAUAAAAAGUAUAAAUAACAUGACAUUCAAACAGAUGUAUUAUUUAAAGAAGCUGGACCUGUCUAGCAACCGUCUAAGCCACGUAGAGCCAGAUUUCUUCCCACAAAACUUACAACUGGUCAAGCUAGAUGACAACCAGUGGAGAUGUGAUUGCCCAAAACUCAAAGCAAUGUACGAAGAGCUUUACAUGAAUGGUGGACGAACUGAAAGCUUGAUAUGCGAUUCUCCAGAAGAAGCCACAGGUCUGACUUGGAGAGAUGCCUGUGCAAAGGAAUGGUUUCCAGAUGCUACUAAGAAGAAGCAACUUUGGUGGUACUCUGUCGCAGUUGUGAUAUCAAUGACCUGUUUCCUUAUUGUGAUAAUAGCUUUGAGAAAACUGACAUCGAUGAAAGAAAAACGAUUGAGAGAAGCAGAGGAACAAAGACGAGGUGUAGAAAGAGAAGCUCGAGAAGCCUUACAAAGGAUGCAAAGACUCCAUAGAGAAUAUAGAGAGGAAGAAGAUAGAAAUGCUCCUGAUCCUAGAGAGCUUCAAAGUCCUCCAUCGUACACAGAUGCAUUGUUGCUUCCAAGGUUGGAUUCUUCACAAGGAAGCUUGGCAGGGAGCAUGCAUAGCGUAGCUUCGAUGGGAAGUCAAGGAAGCACUGCAGGAAGUAAAAAAGGAAGGAUACGAAGAAAGAGGAGACGAAGAAGAUCUGAGACUGAGAGUAAGAGGCAAUCUAGGGCUACUAUUGAUGAUACUGAUUCGUCAGAUGUAGAACAACAGAGGUUACCAAGACUUCCUUUAGAAAGCGAUUUUUGAACUGCACCUUUUUGAGGCUGCGAGGCAGUUUAGUCUAUUUGGGUUAAAAAAAUGUAAAACGGUCGUGCUGAAGAAUGUUUUUUUAUCGGAAUCAGAUGUAAAGUCGCUUCUAGAGCAGAUCCAGUUGAAUCAAAGCAAACGAAGAUAUUGGUCCAGCUUCAGUGGAUGACUCCUUGGGUGAUUCUAAGAAAAAAGGUUCAUAUGAACAUAGUUCCCGUAAUGGUGCGCUUUCAAAUUCGUUUUUAACAUCCGUUUCUUUUUGUGAAAUCUGUGGUAACGCUUUAGCUGAUUUUUCUUAAAAACCUCUUGGAACUUAGUAGGUGCAGGCUAGAAUCUAGAUUAAACGGAAUAAAAAACGCCUAAAAAAAGCAAACUUUCUAAGUGGACAGAUUUAAAUCCGGCGAUCAUUAUUAUUUUGUUUCAAGUGUUUUUUUUUCUUUAAUGCUUUUAGUUAGGUUUUCGGUGGUAUAGUAGAACAACGCUUUUAGAUUCGUUUACAUUUUUUGCCGAUAGUCAUAAAAUUGCGAUAUACCGAGAACCGGAGGCAUGCGGACAGAGACGGAUUUAAAAAUUUUCAAACAUUUUCUCUUGCAAGUCUGGAUGAGAUGAAAGAUGACCGAAUCAAGUUGUUGUAAUAACAUUGAUUGUUAUAGGUUUCAAAUCUCUGAAACGUCCACAGCGUACAACUCUCUCCUCUUUCGAUCAGUUCUCGAUGUACCAUCUCUGCUGUGAGAAUUUCAUUACGUUUACAAUGAUCAUACACUAUGUUCCUUAUUUUAGCAGUUGUUGCUGCACCUAAAGGUAUGGAUGCCCCCUUGUCAAUUCUUCUUUUUCUUGAUUUGACACCGUUGCGAAUGAUUUUACAAAUUGUAGGAUAUGCCACGUUAGUCACUUAGGCUGUUUUUAAGGAAACUACUAUUGCCGCUAUCACUCAUUUCACGUAACAGUUCAUUAUAAACAUGAAUGUAAAUCUGUCUAGCAUCAACAGACAGGCACAUUCUUUUAUAUCGAUUUCCGAAAAGUAUUUGCUGCAAGAUGGGUUAGCAUCAUUCAUAGCGCCUUGGUACAUAUAAUUUUCGAUGUCCGUCGUAUCGCACAAAAUUAUUAUUCAAGACUGAAACUGAAAAUAUAUUCCCGAGUACCGCUCUGUUGCAUCGCGCUGACUCACCUGCUUGCGGGGCUUGGGAGGGGGGUGGGGGUUCGGUUCUUCAUAGCGCAGUCACAUUAUGGGAACUUGUUGCUAUGAGAGUAUCAAAACAAUGCGAUUCGCUACAUUCAAACCAGUUGUAUCUAUUAGGGCUUUUUAGAUUAUUGCACAGUGCUCAAAUGGAUAAUAUAUACAGAUGAACCAGAUUCCAUUAUUAUUUAUACCAUAUCAUAUAAUGACCGUACUAUAUGGCGUCGGUAACACAAGGAAGCAGAAAAAAUGUAAACGAAUCUAAAAGCGUUGUCGUCUACUGAUACGUCUUUAGCUCCUAAGCUUCUACAACUUGCACAAAAUCGACUGUACGACUUUUUAAAAAAAAACAACGGAUUUUCAAAUAAGUUUAAGGUCUUGUAUCACAAAAACUAAAUCCAGCUAGGCUUAUUUUUAUACAUAUGAACUUUUCUUCUCAAUAAGAAUCACCCAAGGACAGACACUGUAUGACACACAUUACCUGUCUUUAAAGAUGUUAUUCCUACUAUAUGCUUUGUGAUAAAAUGUCAUUAGAAAAGCUUAAGUGUAAAGGAAUUCAUACAGUAUGUAAAAUUAGUUUUUUAAUAUUUCGUAUGUGGAUAAGGGUAUGGUAACAGUUCGUUGAAUAUGAUACCAAAGUAACUUCAAAACUAGGAAGUCAUCCAGUCAAUCAAUUUAAACAUUUGUACUUGACUUGAUAAUAAAAUUUCUUGAAACGUUAAUUAACGCUUGACUUGACUUGAUUUUUUUAAUGUUCUACUUGACUUGAGUUCAAGCAUUUUCAAACUACUUUAUUUAAUAAUUUUUAAUUUUUUUAUCAGCUGAUUAAGAAAUUCGUUUUUAAGUUUACACUUUUAUCGUUCUUUUACUUGGUACACGAAUGUUUUGUACAAUAUGUAUUAUUUUCUCUGUAGCUGGUCACAAAACCCUUCCGUUGUGUAUUUAUAAUUUAGGUACUCAUAUUUAUAUUAUCAAGCAAUAUCAAGACUGAUGUAAAACGACUGGACUUGAUUCACACUGCUAAUAUCUUGAAUUGAUUUCAAUUUGAUCACAAGGCAAAACGUAGUUUCAGCGUAAAACAUAUUCUUCUCAUAAUUUUCCACUUAUUUCUGUUCCUCAGAACUGCUUUCAUACCUAUUGCUUAAUAUCCUAUGACUACUAACUUAUUUAGGUACUUAGACUGACAAAUUAUUGUAUACUUUUAUAUGUUGGAUUAUUUUUGUAAUGUAUGUGUAUAAUCAUUCUAACGGUAGAAUGUAAUAACAAAUCAGAUAUUAUGGCAAAUCAUUUUUAGACAUUGGUUUAGAGAUAGUCCUUAAAAUGUAAAAAUACUUGUAUGUAUGCUAGGAAUCUACCGUGGAAAUGAUCAAAAUCACAACUAUGUAAAUAGAAAUGUAAAUAAAUAUACUGAAAUUUGCUCG